AUGGCUUUGCCAUCACACAAAGCUGUGACAUUGACCCACGUGAGGUACCAGAGGGGUGACAAACUGGGUUACUUCCUGGCAUGGAUUUCUCUGGUCCCAGUCUUCAUAAGCCUCGGUGGGUUCGUCUCUCAUUUCAUCUUCCGCCGCGAGCUCCAAGGCAUGUUCUUCGCUCUGGGCCUCAUAAUUUCUCAGUUCGUCAACGAGUUCAUCAAGACAUCGGUCCAGCAAGCUCGGCCCGAGACCUGCGCUCUGCUUGAGAUGUGUGAUUCGCAUGGAUGGCCUUCGAGCCACUCUCAGUACAUGUUCUUCUUUGCUGUCUACUUCACCCUCAUGACGUAUAAAGGGAUUGGGCUCUGGCAUACGAAGAAUAAGUUUGCUGUUAUUUUUUUGCCUUGGGCUUUGGCUUUGCUCACUAUGUAUUCGCGGGUGUAUUUGGGUUACCACACUGUGGCUCAGGUGCUUGCUGGUUCUGCUUUGGGAGUUUUUCUUGGGGCUCUGUGGUUUUGGGUUGUGAAUUCUGUGCUUUACUCUUACUUUCCGGCUAUCGAAGAGAGCUGGUUUGGGAGAGCGUUUUACAUCAAGGACACUUCUCAUAUACCCAAUGUGUUGAAGUUCGAGUAUGACAAUGCCAGGGAUGCUAGGAACAAACUGGCUGCCAAGAGUAACUGA